AUGCUCAUUUUCAUCCAACUGGCUGUUCUAGUUGUGAUUCUGCCACCAUCAUGGGCGCAAUAUCUCAAGGACCACUAUCCCCAACACAUCAAUCUUAUGUUCGUUAAGGGCAACUGUGAAAUCGCAAGCCACCACCCGAAUGCAUGGGCCAGGAUUCAGUAUUACGAAGGGCAUAACCGUCCGGAGGGACUAGCGUUGGCCUACGAUUGUAACUUGGAGCAAUUUGCCGCUCAGUUGCUCUAUAAAAAUAACUACAAUCUAAUACCUGGACAUGCAGUCAACCGCUAUGAGAAAAUUUGA